AUGGUUGCUGCUGAUGUAGAGGCAGAAGAAGAAGAUGAGAAAAAGGAUAGGACAGUUCGAAACGAAGAUGCUACUGUUGUAAAAUUAUCAGCAUUUAUAAGUCAAAAACGAUCAGUGGAAAAUGAUCCCGUAGAGAAGGAAUAUGCAGCUAAAAGAGCAAAACAGUCUUUUGAUGUUGGCAAAGAACAAACUUAUCUGUCUUUGGUUAUUGUGGAAGAAGUUCUUAAUGGAUGGUUUGUGCUAGUUAAAGGAAAGCCGCGAAUUUUUGGUGGACAUUCCCCACGCAUUCUUCGCGAUCACUCUAAUUAUCAUAUUACUCAAAGGAUUCAAAGAGGACCCAACGGGGAAAACGUGAGAGCUUCAAAGGGCACCAAUGUAAAGUGUUCUCACAUAGUGAAUAGAGAUGGUACAAUAACUGUGAGAUUUAGGAAAGUAUUGGGAAAAGAUGCGAAUGGUAAACUUCUUUUAACACCUGUAAGUAAAACUUCUACUCUAUUUCCAGCAAAUUGGUCGGAUGAACAAAUCGUAAAUUCUGCCUGGUCGGUCUUAAGACAAGAUUCAUCUCAUGUAGACAAUAGACUCUCGUGCACUGUAUGGAAAAGUUUACAUAGAGGAGUUAUUGAUGGCAUUGAAAUAGCCGUUAUUGUAUGUCACUUGAGAACAAUAAGUAAUGAACGUAUUCAAAUGUUUUCACUUAAUAAGUUACCGGCCACGGGUACCACCGUAAUAUUCAAUGCCGCGUAUUCGACGAAGAUCUAUGUCGAUGAUGAGAACGAUGGACAAGCAAUUUAUGUCUCUCUGCUGGGUGACAAUUGUGUCAAAAAAUGGGUCCAAGGGGCGUCGCAUGGCGUGCAAGUAGGAGGUCCAUGUCCUUACUGUGAAGGUGUCUGGGUUGACAAAGAGAAAAAUGUUUAUAUGUCAUCGGCGGCUUCCCAUUGUGUGUUUAAAUGGUCACCUCGAACGAAUACCACCACGGUCGUCGCCGGCCGAGAAUAUUAUUCGGGAUCGACAAGCGAUAAUCUCAAUUCUCCCGAAGGCAUUUAUGUGGAUGGAGCCGAUGGUACUGUGUACGUGGCUGAUUAUGCCAAUAAUCGCAUCCAGAAAUGGUUAACAGGUGCGCACAAUGGCACCACUGUGGCUGGAUUGAGCACGGGCAAUGAAGGCAGUGAUGCUGAAUCGCUGUCGAGACCGACUUCUGUAUGGGUCGAUGAUGAAACUCAGGCUGUGUAUGUGGCUGACUCAUCCAACGAACGAAUUCAGCGUUGGUUACACAAUGCAUCCAUCGGCGAUACGAUUGCUGGCGGGUCCGAUGCUGAGUGGCUUGGAGUGCCAUGA